AUGGCGCAGUUACCAUCAGUUGCAAUAUUGGAUCCUGAUUCUAAAACCCUACUCAAUAGAAUGGACCUACGACUCAACGAUAUCGACUUGAAACUAAGUAUUGUUCUUGAAUUACUGGCGGCUAAACAUACUGAUCAAAGAGCGUCCAGUAUAUUCGCCUCUCCACCUCAAACGGAAAUAUCUGAAGUCCCUUCGCAAGAGUGUAAUCCGAUGGUUGGAAAUUCCUCGUCUGACAGAGCAAUCUCGCCCAAGACGGAUUAUAAAGAUGAGUCGGAUGGUGAUCUUUACAUGGAAGGGGAUAACGAGAACGACGCCGAGGAGGACAUCUGCCAACAGCCGAGCCAACAAAACGAUACUGCCCCUAAGGAGAACAGCGAAAAAUCUCCUGUCGUUGAUGGUCCCUUCCCUGAGGGUGCAGUGAAACGAGCAGCUGAAAAAGCUGCAAGAAGUUUUCAAAGUACCCAACCAAAGGUGUUUGCUUGGCAAAUUUUUCGCGAGUCGGUGACCGAUGAAGAGCUACGAAAUGUUCAGAUCAGUCUACGUACUUUUCAUGGAGAAGUGGCGUCCCAUCUGCUUAACAGGCAGUUACCAAAGAUUCGGUUAGUAGUGGAAGCUACGAUGAGGUAUUUCAAGUGGGAUACUCUGCCUGAAGAGUGUCAACUAAGCAAAACUAAGCUUAUACUUAGUCACCUUAAGAACAACGCCAAAGUUCGCAAUUGGACACUACGUGAAGGAAGGCCAAACAGAAUUCCGAGCAAUACAACGAAUAUGGACGUGAUGUGGAAAAGAUAUGCGGCCCUUUUAGGCCCAGGAGGUCUUGCGGCUGCUGGUAUUCUACCUGUUUUGCCCACGUUAGGAGGGCAACGCUUCUAA